UAAAUCGCGCACAAGGCGUGUGAAGGAAUGUUGCAUCUUCACCUCCGUUUGCCUCCAGCUCGUGCAGGGUGCAAACCCGGCAGAUGGGGAAAGCCAUGUCUAUGUUUGUGGGGUUAAUACUGAGAGGGGGUGUGGUCUACUCUAGAUCAAUAACCGUCGGUCGGUAGUCUACUGGAAAAGGCUAAACAGAGUAGUAGCAGCAGAGACUGAGAUCCCUGGUCCAUGCUGGAUUGAUUUUUGAUGCUCUAUCUAGGCUUAGCUCAGACGCACUGUAGAGCUGCAGGAGGAUAUUGGCGACAUAUUUGUUGUGGAUCGGUACUCUGAAAGACUAAGUCCUGUAAUAACUGUUUGCGUUUGGUUUCAGACAAGACGUAGCAACAGUGGAUUUUCUCUUAUGAGUUGUGAAGGAAUAACAAUGAUCCAUUUACCCGGAGACUAUUUGUCCUGGAGCUCAAUUAACAAGUGAUAUGUCUCUAAUGGACGUGGAAUUAGGGGCCACAUUAACGAAAUAUCCUCUAUAUACGAGGGAAAAGACAGCCGUAUUGCAUUUGUGAGGUUGUCCUAUUUUCAAGAUUGGGGCUACCUCCCAUAACUGGGCUUUGUGUGUGAGAGACUGACGAGAGCAGUCCAUUGAAUUGCGCCGCCUGCACCUAAACACUGUCAUAGAGGUUCACGAGACAAGACCUGCCAAGAUCUGUAGGAGUGAUUCCAGAAGACUGUGUUGGAUCCUCCUCACUAUGAACACUGAGGAUCUGUAGGAGUGAUUCCAGAAGACUUUGUGGGAUUCUCCUAAUUAUGAACACUGAGGAGCUGAACUGCCACUAGCUCUGAUCAGACAGGAUGAAUGACAGACAGAGACAGAGAGGAGGGGUGCACACAGUGGAGGCAGAUGUCAUCUUCCACCACCCCAUCUGCUCGGACCUCCUCUCCUCCCCCUCGGAUGAGGAUGGGGGUGUCUGUUCCCUCCCAAGGAAGCAGGAGGUGAGCACUAAUGUUCCAGACCUGGGAUUCGUACUGGGCGACCAGGGACUCUGUCGACAGAGCACACCAGUUACAAAGGAGUACUUGUUGGAUGGUGGUACGGUGAUUGGGCAUCAUCACUUUGACCGUCCACAGGGUGAUGGAUCACACAUCUCAAAUACAGAUCAGUUUCACAUUACGGAUCCUUCUCAUCAAGCACAUACAUCUCACAUACCCAAGCUUGAUGCUGGUAGAGACCAGAACUGUACUCAUGGCAGAAACGGUAUCAGUGAGGAUAUGAAUGGAGCGAGGGAAAAAGUGCCCUGCAGUGUGGGUCCCUCUCUAUGCUUCAAGGGAGAGGCCAGAGAGGAAGCGGAAGGGUCUCUGUCCCUCUGUAGAGAGAGCAUAGUGAGGAGUCAGUGUCACAUCACAAACGUCACUGACUCCCGGGAGCAGGGGACCGCUGCGCCUGACACUCAUUGUAUCACCAUGGGCAACCAGCCAACCAUACAAGAGCUGGGGUGCUUGUUCAGCCACAACUCUCCCACAGAAUAUGACACAUUGUAUGGACAGUCGGGGCUUGAGUCGAACCAAGGACACAGGGGCAGUAGUGGCCAUGGUAAGGUCAGUAACAAAACGCCUAAAGAGGAGCCAGAUUUAGUGAUUGAAGUCGGUGGCCAGAAAAUAAGUGUUCACAAGUCUGUUCUGGCAGGGAAGAGUGACUAUUUCAAGGCUCGUCAGUCGAGAGACAUCCUGAAAGUGAAAGGGCUGAACUACAAGACCCUGACCAUCCUGAUAGACUAUAUCUACAGCUCUCAGAUGAAUGUGCACAAGGACAAUGUGGUAGAGGUGAUCACAGGAGCUAAGAUCUUACAGAUCCCAUGUGCCGUCCAGGCUGCUAUGGAUACCAUCUCAGAGCAGGUCACAGCAGAGAACUGUUAUGAGAUUCUAACUAUCGCCAAGAAGCAACGACUCAACGAACUGAAAGAGACGGCCUAUCGCUUCAUGAGUGACAACUUCCUCCAGAUCUUGCAGGACCCAGCGGUGUACGGGCGUCUGACGGGGUCGGAGAGGGAUCUGGUCCUGAAGAAGAGAAUGGAGGGGAAGAGGUCCCUGAUCGUCGCUGAGAUCAACGAUGUGUUUGACCGUGUCGGGAGCCGACCUCCGAGUCGGUGUAACAGUCGACCACAGAGCCCUCUGUCCGUGGCAUCCUUCGAGGAGAACCACAUGAUUUACUACUUCAACGAGGCAGCCAAUGACUGGAGACCUCUGAGUCUGAUGCCGGAGGACAUUAACACAAAGGGCUGUGGGAUCUGCACCAUGUACAACUACCUGUUUGUGGCCGGUGGGAUAAAGGGAUAUGGGGAUAAGGGCAAGGUCUCAGACAAGGUGUUCUGUUACAACCCCAUCACUAACCGCUGGAGCGAGGUUCGGCCGCUCAACCAGGCGCGGUCGCAGCUCAAGCUAGUGUCUAUGGAGGGUAACUUGUACGCCAUAGGAGGGGAGUGUUUGUUCACAGUAGAAAAAUACGACCCUCGGACUGAUAGAUGGACCACAGUGGCUCCCUUACCCAAAGGGGCAUUCGCUGUGGCCCAUGAAGCCACCACCUGUAAUGGAGAGCUCUACGUCUCUGGAGGGUCUCUGUUCUACCGUCUCCUAAAAUAUGACCCCAAGAGGGACGAGUGGCAGGAGUGCCCCUACAACAACAGCAGGAAAAAGUCAACCGACAUGGUGGCUCUGAAAAGCUUCAUCUACAGGUUUGACGUCAACCGUGACCAGGGGGUCACUGUGUUCAAGUACGACACCAUAGUGAAAAUGUGGCAUGACUGCGCAUCGCAGCGGCUGGGCAGUCCUAUGCCGUUCAGGUGUGCCAUCAUCGGAAACUGCAUCUAUUGUGUGAACAAGACUCAGACUCUGCAGUUUGUGGUGGAGGAGGACGGCUCUUACUUUGUAGAUGAACCACUCAAGCCACCACUGGAAGCUAAGGGCCUACUGUUCCCUUUCAUCCUCAGUCUGCCUGAGAAGACUGACAGAUUGAUGUGAUGUGACCAUGGAUCACUGAUGCUACGUUACAGAUGCCCAUCAAUGUAAUAUAGUGGUUCUUAAAUUAAGAUGAACAUUUUUCACCUUUAUUUUCCCCUGUCCAGUGUACCUGCUCGUAAUGGAAUGUGUUUCUUUGCAUGGCGAGUUAACAGGACAAGCCUUAACAAGGACUACGUUUACAUGUUGAAUGAGAGCAACCAGAAAUGCAUCUGACUCUACAUAAUGAGAUAAUGACACACAUAGUAGUUUUUGUUUGUUGUUGCAUUUCCCUGUAUUCAGUUUUGUAUUGUGUGCUUUUGCAAUUGCAGAUAGUUAGAAUAGAUAUUGUUUUGAAUAUUUUUUGCUGGCUGGUGGCUUUUAGCCAAAAAUCGAACCGCAGAGAUGGAAUAGUCUGAAUGAGGGGACAGUUGAAGUAUGUUCUAAGUGACUGACACAGCUGGCACGCACAGGUCCUAUACGCAAAUUACACAAGCGAACCCAUAAACAACACAAGGCCUGCUACGGCGGUGAUGUCUGCUCUAUGAAGGAACAGUGGGAGGUCUAUAACAUUCACACAGCCCCAAGGCCUGAUACCAGAACUGCCCUUGACAUUACUUCACAAGGCCAUUGACCAGCAGGAGCACAAUAAGCCACAUGUAUCUUCUACAAUAAUUAUAUUCUACUAUUAUAGAUCAUCAAUGAAUAAUGUUGAAGAGCACAAUGCAAUUACAUAUUAAUGCAUUACUACUGGGCACACACUGGUUGAAUCAACAGUGUUUCUACGUAAUUUCAAUUAAAUUACAUUGAACCAACGUGAAAUAGAUGUUGAAUUGACGUCUGUGCCCAGUGGGUUAGGUUCAAAACCAGUACCCACCUAUUUAUUCAAAACUACUACCCAACUAUUAAUUCAGAACCAUUAACCAGCCUUCCAGGUUGUGUCAAAGACAACACUCUACCCGCACAUACAGUUGAGUUUCAACACACUAGAAACAAGGUGAAUUAUUGCAGCAUAAGAAUGGUUCUGAUUCUGUGGAUCGGGUUAGGUGCCUGAGUUUGACUAAAACAGGCCCUAGGUGUGCACUGAUGUUUACAGAAUGCCGGAUUGAGUCAGCAUACUGUAGAUAUGAGGGAUGGUGCUCACUGCUUACUGCUCAUUCUUACGCUUCGAUUACACCGACAGCGUCAUUGCAUUUUGGUACACCAGAAUUACAUUCAUUUCCAAUGGAACCCUGCGUUUGCCUUGCAGCAUUGCAUUGCAGAGACAGUUGCAGUGCGUUCGGUGUGAUGUAUAUGUUGGAUUUAUCGAAUGUACGCGUCAAAUUGUAUGCGUAGGCGGUUUGACAGAAAUGAUAGCAGAAGAUGAAUUGUUGCACACGUAUCCAGAUGAUGCUGCGUACCAUUUAGCACAACAACGCUGUCGGUUUGAUCGAAGCGUACGGCCUCACAUUUGCCAAAGACAAAAGAGUCUGGUUUGAUACGACAUAUCAAACCCUUUCAGAUAUUUCACUGAAUAAAUAAAUAGUAAAUAUAUUUGGGUGAUAAUAUCCUAGAUCAAAAACAC